GGCAACCUGCAAAAGUGUUUUAGUUACAAUUAAACUUUUGAUCAGAAACAUGUUGCGUUUCAUGCUGGAGACCGAAAAUAUCUAGACUACCAUCAUCAAGUGUAUGUUUUUUGAAAUGCAGGUUGAACUUAAGUAGCUGGUAUAUAAACACUUGGAAAUUAGAAUAAAAAUUACUAUAGUACAGGACAGAUGCAAAAUAUCCAAUAAAACGUGCUUUUCUAAAUAUAUCCAAACCAAUUCGAAUUCGAAUCAUAAUUAAUUCUGUAGCAUAAAUAUUUGGCAAACUAUUGUAAAUCUGUUUUACAAUGGAUAACAAAGGAUUUAACGCCCACCAAAAUCCUCUUGCUGGCGUUUCAAACGUCUUUACAAACGCGAGCAAUACAGACUCCAAAGAUGCAGGAAGAGAGAGUCAAACGGUCCACAUGAAGCGUCAAAUCGGCCUUUUAGGCGGUGUAGCACUGAUAGUGGGGACCAUGAUAGGUUCGGGGAUAUUCAUAAGUCCACAAAGAUUGCUCGAAAGAACGGACUCUGUGGCUGCAAGUUUAGUAGUAUGGGUUGCAUGUGGCAUAUUAGCCUUAUUAUCGGCAUUGAGCUACUGCGAGUUGGGAACGGUAGUGCCAAAAAGUGGGGGCGAGCAUGCUUACUACAUGGACACAUUUUCCAAAAUGCACCCCUUCUUUGGACCUCUCCCAGCUUUCAUGUUUUCAUGGCUCACAGUUUUACUAUUAAAACCUUCCUCCCUGGCCAUCAUCAGCCUCGCCUUCGGCCAGUAUUCCCUGUACCCACUUUUGUCCACUUCCAACUUUGAAGGAUGCAAUUUUGACAAAUCAACAGAGUACGACAUGGCCAAGAAAUUGUUGGCCGUGUUUUUAGCAUUUUUGAUUGCGGCCGUGAAUAUCUUCAGUGCCAAGCUUGCAACGCGCGUCGCCAUUGUGUUUCUUGUCGCAAAACUAUCAGCAAUGGGGCUGAUGAUUGGGAUUGGAAUUUACAAUGUGUCGAAGGGGGAGUGGGGUGCUCUAGACUUGAAUGAAACUUGGGACAAGGGAGAUGCCUCCGUCGGGGACAUUGCCUCAUCGUUCUAUUCUGGCCUCUGGGCAUACGACGGGUGGAAUAACCUUAACUUUGCCAUGGAAGAGUUAUCUAAUCCUUAUAGAAAUUUACCUUUGGCAAUCAUCAUUGGAAUCGUCCUCGUAAUGAGUUUAUAUCUCUGCAUCAACUUGGCUUAUCUGACAGCACUAUCGAAGACUGCCAUGAUUAAUUCUGAGGCUGUUGCAAUUACUGUGGGGGACCAAGUUUUGGGACAAGCGAAAUGGAUUGUUCCGGUCAUGGUCACUCUAUCGGUCGCAGGAACUGGGAACGGCUCAAUGUUCUCUGCUGGAAGGAUCUCUUAUGUUUCUGGUCGAGAAGGUCAUAUGGUGGAUGUCAUGUCAUACGUCCAUGCAAUAAGACUUACUCCUGUUGUGGCCAUACUCGUCAAUGCACUUCUUAGCAUUCCGAUGAUAUUUGCAAGUGAAAUAAAUGACUUGAUUGAUCUCUUUGGUUUUGUAUCAUGGGCAAUUUACGGUUUAGCACUUGCUUGCGUGGUCAUUCUUAGAUUUUCUAAGCCCAACGUGGAUCGACCAUUUAGGGUUCCAAUAAUAAUACCAAUAAUUGCUGUUCUGACGUCAAUAUGCUUAGUAAUUAUACCGAUUGUCUAUGAUCCAAAAUAUGAAUAUCUCUACUGUCUGGCAUUUGGAACAGUAGGAGUAGUGGUCUAUUAUGUCUUUGUAUUUAAGCAAAUAAGACCAAGAUUCAUGGAUGGACUGACAAAAAUAAUUCAAAAAGCGACCUUAGCAGCCCCAUCCCCUUAUCGUGCCGAAGAAGAAGAAGCCCCGAACAAGAAUGAUUAAAAGCAAAAUUUCAUGUAUGAUAUUUUUUACGGAAAAACAGUUGUGUUUGGCUUUGACAACAAAAUAAACAGAAAUGUCAAUAUAUUGAUAAGCCCCA